GUGAAAAAAAAAAGAAGUAACGAUACUCCUGUUUACAAGAAGAUAAUGGAGAUAAAACGACCAAAUACCACCUGCAAGUGUAUUUUACUGACUGGAUUUACACUAUGUAUGCUAUUAGUCUCAAACCCUACGUCUGCCAUCGACAUACACGCCGACCCUGAAGUGAUGAUGGAGAACGGCACCUCGGGGAUCCUCCGAUGCACCUUCAGGUCCAGCGAAGUGGUCAGCAGCACGACUACAGUAACUUGGAGCUUUCAGUCGAAUCAGCCCGACAAUCAGUUCUCAAAAGCUCCGUACGUGAUUUUCUACUUUUCCAACGGGAAGGGAUUUCACGGACAAGCUGAGUUCAAAGACAGAGUGCAGUUUGUCGGAGACAUCAACAAGAGGGACGCUUCUAUACAGCUGAGUUCGGCUCAGUUCAGCGACAACGGCACCUACUUCUGUGACGUCAAGAACCCGCCGGAUGUUCAGGGGACGCAGGCUCGAACGGAGCUCAGGGUCGUUCUGAGAGAAUCUCUCCCACAGAGCAACACUGCCAUCAUAGUCGGAGCAGUUUGCGGCGCUUUAUUCGUGCUCGUCCUCAUCGCUGUAGCUGCCUGCUUUGUCAUGAGGAUGCUUCACAACCGCCAUGAUUAUGAAGGAUGUACGUCCUUGGAAAGCGUGAGCUCUCAGGCUCCGCAGCCACGAAAGAAGGUGGAAUCCAGCCGGGAGGGCUCCAGGUGUACCAGCCCCUCGGGUCCACUACAGGGCCCGGUGAUAUACGCCCAGUUGGAUCAUUCAGGCAGCAAAAACUCCUUCCAUAAGAUGGAGCCAGUGGUCUACGCUGACAUCCGUAAAAACUGAAGAGGAAAUGGGGACCAAAAAACAAAAAGGAAAAAAAAACAAAAAAAACACAAAACAGUAAAGUAUCAGACCUCUCUAUCAGCUGCUCGUGGGAAGGGUUGGGAUAUUUCAACAGGGACCGAAUUGGUGCAGUUUCAUUUUUCUUUCAUCUUUUAUCCUCUGAAAGCAUGAUAAUAAUGAAAUAAUGAUUCCAUGUGCUUUAAUGUAAAACACUAUUACACUCCAGUGGACACUACAUCGCUCUGUUACAUCUUGCCUUGAAACUGUCGUCUAACACAGGGAUUAAAGUUAAAAAAAAAAUAAGAAUGCCUUCAUUAAAAUCAUUCCAAGUGUAAAAAUAUUUGUAUUUUAAUACUAAUAAAAAAAAAAGAAAAAAUGAAGCUCUGCAGGUUGUUGCACCAGCUGAAGUCAAAUAUUUGAGUGUAAAGCCCCUUUUU